UUCUGUGAUUAAAGAACUCUAUACAACAGCGGAAUACGAAUAUACUUUGGAUUAUAACUGCAUUUGCGACCUUUAAGUGGAGUUUAUCUCACUUUAAUCAGAAGAAAAAAGUUGUUUUUUUCCUCUGGUAUAACAUCUUGUACGGUCUUUUAGUUUUUGAGUAUUAUUUCUUUUCUCUCUAGAGCUCACAGCCAAGAUGAAGGAUAUAAUUGUUCUGUGUCUUUUGGCGUUCGUUGCUGGAGCUUAUGCAGAAUGCACAUGCAAAACUAUGAAAUGGGGUUCCUGUGAGGAAAAUCCAUGCACUUGCACCCUUCUUGUUGGAAAUUCUGUGAAACAACCAGUUAACUGUGAUCUGUUGAUUCCCAAAUGCUUCCUCAUGAAGGCAGAAAUGUACCGUGCAAAGAAUAACCUGACUACUAGAUCUUUUGGUGGGAAGCCAGUUGACACUGCGUUUUUGGAUAAUGAUGGGAUCUAUGACCCAGAGUGUGAGAGCGACGGGCGUUUCAAGGCUAUUCAGUGUAACAACACUGAAACUUGCUGGUGUGUUAACAGCGCUGGUGUCCGCCGAAGUGACAAAGGAGAGAAGAACAUCAAGUGUGAACCAGUGGAGACCUACUGGGUCCGUCUUGAGAUGAAACACAAAACUGUUCCCAACACCCCAGAUUUGGUACAACUGAAAACUGCGCUUAAUGACGUCUUUAAAAGUCGUUAUAACCUGGAUCCACAGUACAUCAGUGAAGUUCAGUAUGACUCUGCUAACCGUCUGAUUGUUGUGGAUGUCCAGAAGCCCAAAGGCAACCGUAAUUUAGACCUGCCCCGCAUGGCCUACUACUUGGAGAAAGAUGUGAAGGUUCUGCCUCUGUUUAAAGAACAGAAUAAAUUUUUGGUCAAUCCUAAUGGUAACCCUAUGGAAAUGGAGAACAUUCUGGUCUACUACGUUGAUGAGCAGGCCCCCACUUUCACAAUGCAGAAGCUGACCGGUGGUGUGAUCGCUGUGAUCGUGGUUGUUAUCCUGGUAGUGCUCGUCGGCCUCCUAGUUCUGUUUUUCGCCAGAAGACAGGAGCAGGCCAAGUAUAGUAAGGCGCAGGCCAGAGAGAUGGAACCCAUGUCAUAAGAGCUGCCAUAAGAGCUCUGCAGCUGUUCUUAGUCUUUAAACACUGGAGUUCUCUGCACUCUGAUGCUUGUUGUAAAAUAUUUUUAUUUUUUUGAUGGGGUGUUAAUUUUUUUUUUUUUUUUUUUUUAAAUAUAUAAACAAAGUGCCUGUUACAUGCUCCAUGUUAUGGUCAAAUGUAUGGUUAAAGGGACAGUCAAGUCGAUUUGGAUGAAAAUGUCUUCCUUGAUUUGUCUGAAUAUAGCCAUGUCUAGUUUUUAAAUUCUAUAUUUUGGUUGAAUUAAUACAUGUACAGUUUGUGAAGUGUCAUUUGUUUUUAAUAAAAAAUUUUUUGUCAAA